AUGGAGAAAACGGCGGAUAAUGAACUCAAACCGCCAGUGGUCCAGAAGAGGGUUUACACGGCCGGACAGGUAGGUAAAAUACGGCCCAAAUUAAUUUUUCAUUAAAAACUUGAUAAAACUUAAGCCAAAUUAGAUGAGUGGGGCUUUCCAAGACAUACCGGAUAUUUUUUUCAGUCGAUCCGCGCCUUUCCCGAAUGGACUUCCACCCACGGGAUCCCGCACAUGGGCCGGACCGGAAAAUAUUACUGUGUCGGCUUUUGGACAAUCAUCACGCUGAUCGCAUUGGGCCUGCUAAUCUGGCAGCUCGUCCUAAUUGUCAUCGAGUACUACAAACACGAAGUCAACGUGCAAAUUGAGCUACAAUUUCAGCAAAGAACGUUCCCGGCGGUGACUUUGUGCGAUCUGAAUCCGUACAAAAAGUCGAUCGCGUUGAAGGACGAGAAGAUUAGCCGCGUUAUGGACACUUAUUUGUAUGCCAUGAGGUCCAUGUCGUGCGACUCGUAUGCGGACUGCACGUGGACCACGGACGCUCAAAUGGAACAGUAUAUGGCGGAUUACGGAUUCACUGUAGGGAUUUUUGAUGAUUUUUUGGGGAAAUCGCAUACUUUUUGCGAGAUACUUUGCAAAAAGCGGGCAAAAAUACCCGCGAUUCUUCAAAAGAAGAGGGCAAAAAAUAUGACAUACAGUGGCGGACCUGAUCCAGUGGGAAAAAACGUACCAUUUUGCAUCUAGGAAGUAUCAAAAAAGUGGCAAAAUACCUCCCUCUCCACGUGAAAAAACUCAGAUUUGAAAAGCUCUUUUUGUGAGGAAAAAGGGCGCGCCUUUCAAAACGAAGUUUUUUCACUUGGAGAAGGAAGCAUUUUGCCACAUUUUUGAUACUGCCCGGAUGCAAAAUGGUACGUUUUUGCCACUGGAUCAAGUCCCCCCCCCCUGUACCCAUUUCAAUAACAAUUUUAGAGCCUGAACGACACGUCAGCUCUUCAAACCAAAGCUAAACGAGUCUUGGAUCUCGAAGCCGCCGGUUACGAUCUUUCAAGCGCCAAAGCCCAAUACGAUGACUUUUUGCAGGGCUGUAGUUUCAACACACAGGAUUGUGAUGACAGGUAACUAAAUCCAAAAUUUAUCCUUUCAAACAGUUUCUGAUGUCAUCAAAAACCACUCAUUUCAGUGACUGGACCGUCUUCGAGGAUCCGUCGAUGGGAAAUUGCUUUACUUUCAAUAACGCCGCCGAAAAGAAUGCCACCAGAGCUGGCCCGAUUUACGGGCUGCGUUUGAUCGCCAAGACCAACAUCUCCGAGUAUCUGCUAACUUCGGAUACGGCGGGAAUGAGGAUCCUGAUCCACGAUCAAAACGAAUAUCCCUUCCCGGAUAUUUUUGGGUAUAAUAUACAGGUAUGUUGGUCAAAAUAAAUCGCAUGUAUCCUGAUACAACGUGCCGGAAAUUGAGAAUAGGAUUUUUGAAGGCAUAUACAAGAGUUUUAGUUUGCAGAAAGACCUUUCCCAUCCCAAAGCGGCAAAAAUAUUUUUUGCCUGACCGUCUCUCCUCAUUUUGCAUACUCUCCGGGAAAAAGACCGUCGAAUAUCUUGGCUCUCCUUGCAAAGGGAAGGCUGAGAUUGCGGACAAUUUUAGCUCAUGCUUCGCAGGGAAAGCCAAGAUAUUCGACGGUCUUUUUUCCAGAGAGUAGGAAAAUGAGGAGAGACGGUGAGAUAAAAAACAUUUCCUGUUGAAACAGUGUGGGACUUGAUCCAGUGGCAAAAAACGUACCAUUUUGCAUCCAGGAAGUAUCAAAAAUGUGGCAAAAUGCUUCCCUCUUCAAGCGAAAAAACUCCGAUUUCUAAAGCGCGCCCGCUCUUAUUGUGAGGAAAAAGGGCGCGCCCUUCAAAACGAAGUUUUUUUUCACUUGGAGAGGGAAGCAUUUUGCCACAUUUCUGAUACUUUCCGGAAGCAAAAUGGUACGUUUUUUGCCACUGGAUCAGGUCCCCACUGUACUUGCCGCUUUGGGAUGGGGAAGGUCUUUUUACGAACUGAAACUCUUGUAUAUGCCUUCAAAAAUCAUAUUCUAAAUUUCUGACAUGUAAUAUCAAGAUCCAUGUGGUCUAUUUUGACCAGUAUACCUGUAUAUUAGACCCAAAAACAUCGUAAAAUUUGGAUGUGAAAAAUAUAUUUUUUAGACAAAAGUCUUACACAUUAUACCCUCCGUAAUUUCCAGGUAGGAACAGCCACCUCAAUUGGAGUCACCUACACCGACAUCUCUCGUCUUGGCAGUCCUUACGGCGAGUGCACGGACACAAAACCCGAUGGGUAUUUGUUCAGUCUGGCGUACAGUACGGAAGGCUGUCAACGCUCCAAUUAUCAGACGAAUAUGGUUUCUAAUUGCGGAUGCUAUGAUCCGGCAUACCCGAAACCGAAUAGCACGGAUACUAUGUGCACCAUCGAGGAUAAUUGUAAGGAGAUAUAGCGAGAUUAGAUGUUUUUAUUAGGAUUUUUUGGGUUCAAAUGGGAAGUCAUUGUAAAAUACGAGAUUUUAAGGCGCUAAAAAGCCUUUUACUUAUAAUUUGUAGUUAAAAUUUCCAUCAUUUUUUGAAAAUUUUAUAUUAUUUUAGGCGAUUUUAAAGCCUAAAAUCACAUAAAAAACUAAAAUUAAGAAGCCAUUUUGGCUAAAUAUCCUAUUAUCAACCGUUGCACAUCUUGAUGUCAACGUUUUCUACAGCUUUUAUAUAAAUUUCUAAAAAUUUUAUAUUAGGUCGUCCAGAAAGUUCGUUCGUUUUUUCAUUGCUUUGUUUUACAAGGAUUGUUUGUUCUAUGGCAAAUGGAAUAUAUUUAUUUGAUACAGCUUUUUCUCCUCUACAAAACUGGCUUUAUCAAAUAAAUAUAUACCCUUUGCCAAACAACAAACAAUCCUCGUAAAACAAAGCAAUAGAAAAACGAACGAACUUUCUGAACGACCUAAUAUUACUUUGGUUAAAAUAUGCCUAAAAUAAUGUAAAAACCACCUCCUUAAAGGUCUUAGAUCCCCAAAUAUCCUACAUUCAUUUCUAUCACACCGCUUAUUCCACCAUUUUACACCUUUUCCCUUCAAAUUUCAUCAAACUUUAUAUUACUUUACCCAUCAAUUUUCUUUUUUUUAGAUGACUGCUGGAACCAGCAAUCCAACCACACCGGAUCCGACUACAGUUGCACGCAGCCCUGUCACGAAGGCACUUACGAAGUCACAGUGUCCUCGGCCAAAUGGCCAAGCUCCUCGUUGACCAUAAUCGGCGAAUGCGAGGAGGGCGAGUACGGUAAUCAGACCUGUCUGGAAAUGUACACCGAUAAUGGCGCUUUGAUUGAAGUCUACUACGAGAAACUGAACUACGAAACAAUGGAGGAGAGUGCUGCGUAUACUGUGAGUAUUUUGUGUCAUACUUUAUGAAUAUCUCGAUAUUUUUGGAUUAAUUAUAUUACACUAGGUAUCAGACGUUAAAAAUUUAAUUUUUUGGCUAAAAUUUUUUCAUUUUUCCUCCGAGAAAUCGUUCUUAAAAAGGAAGAACUACCACAAAACGUAUUUUAAAACAAUUAUUUCAGGUUUCAACCCUGCUAUCCAACUUUGGUGGACAAAUUGGCUUAUGGCUGGGAAUGUCGGUCAUUUCGGUUAUCGAAUUCUUUGUUUUGGCAUUCCAGGUAAAUCCAAAUUACAUCUUACAUAGUCUACUAAAAUUUUAGAUCAAAAAAAGCAGAUCAACUGCAAGUUUUAUCAAAAAUUUAUAUUACUUUAGAUGACCUACUAA